CGACGCACGUCCACGCGUUGAACGACGCACGUCCACGCGUUGAACGACGCACGUCCACGCGUUGAACGACGUACGCUCUGGUACGUACACGCGUUGAACGUCACACACUGGUACGUACACGCGUUGAACGUCACACACUCGGGUACGUAUACACGUGGUAAGCGUAGUAGCCGUAACGUCUCGGUCUCCGUAGGUCCGGUGGUAGCCGGCGUUGUGGGGACGAAGAUGCCCCGUUACUGUUUAUUUGGAGAUACAGUGAACACAUCGUCGAGGAUGGAGUCCACCAGUCUGGCCCUGAAGAUUCAGUGCAGCUCCAGUACAUUCUACCUGCUGGAGGAGAUUGGAGGCUACCUGCUGGAGUGCAGAGGGAUGAUGCAGGUCAAGGGGAAAGGUGACAUGGUGACCUACUGGCUGGAGGGGAAGAAGACGUCUCUGGUCUGCAAGGCCGUCACCGCGGAGACGGAGCGAGAGCCGUACUCGUCCGUGCCGGGCUUUCUGAGCGACGACGGCCUCCUGGACGCCGCCUGAUCCCAAGAGAGCGCCGCAGUGUGUUGUGUGCUUCAAUAUGUUAAUGAACGUUAGCGGUUUAGUUUAUUUCAGUCGUUUUUAACUCGUGCAACUCAAAUACACAUAGAAAUAAUAAAAAGAUGAAUAGUAACGUAGUGACAAACUAAAGCAGGUUGAUGCUGAGCGAGCAGCGUUCACUCAUUGUGAAUACUUAGUUCAGGUCCCUUUAGAUUCAUGCACUGAAGUUAAAUGAAACGAAUAUAUUUAUAUUAAUUCCAAAAGUCACAAACAGAACUUCACACACGAUACUUCCAUCUGUUGCACAGUAACAGACAUUAGUGUUCAUUAUAGUCAGUGGAGUGAAGUCAGGAAGCACGUUUACUUUAGUACACUUCAUUCCAACAUCGAGGUACUUUACUUCUUCUUUACUUCAGUGUCUCUAUUUUCUGCUACUUUAUACUUUCUUCCUGCUUUACUAAUGUUUUACUUUCACAGUAACAGUUUGAACUACGAUUAUUAGUACUUCACUCGUUUAGUUUAAAGAAAUUAAAUCUCCCAGAUUCAUUUGUGUUUUCAUAAUUUCACAUUUGUGUGUGUGUGUGUGUGUGUGUGUGUGUG